AUGAGCUUCAACAUAACUUCCGACGGUUCUCCUACACCCCGCAAGGGCCCCAAUCGAUUCGCCAUGGCCGGAGAUCUCAGGAUUGAUACCUCACCUGAGGUGCUGGGCCAGGCGGUAGGCAGCAUGAGCCUGGACCAAUACCCAUUUGCCUUCCAACGUGCUUUUGGCUCACCGUUGACAUGCAAUACACAGGGCAUGAAGCGACCACUCGGUUCUUCUACCCUGGGCAACCAGCUUCCACUGCAACAGCACAACUCGUUUGACGGCUAUAAGAAGCCCAAGGUAGAAGCUCACGAAGAGUCAACUGUCAUGGACUCGCUCUUGCAGCGUCUGAACGGACGAUCUCCUCCGCAAGACCCAUAUAACUCCUCCAACGGAUCUAUCCCCAUUACACCGGCCACCGACGAGUUCGCGUAUACCCCACCGACCGAGAUGGACAGCUCCAUUGUGCUCGUCGAGGCUUGCGAGUUGCAGAAGCUGAAGUUGGAAUUACAAGAGGCCCGCAACGAAGUCAAUCGUGUCAACCAAGAGAUGCACAGCCAUCAUGUGGCCCGAUCAACCAUGGAGCACCUGAGCCAAUCGUCUGAGGCUGACUACAGCUACCCGGGUGAUGUCACCGAGCAGACUCUUACGAGCUUGCAGAACAAGUUCAAUGCCUCCACUCGGAGCAACUACGGCUGGGGCAACGAACCUGCUCGUCCGGCCUACACUGGCAGUAACAGCUUCGGACCCCCAUACCAGGCCCAGAUGCAAUCCAAGCCCCUACCACAGCCCCUACCACAGCCCAUACAGUCAGGCUAUCGCCGCAAUGGUUUCUUGAACGAGCCCACACAUUUUUCUCUCGACCAAAGCUUUCGCAGCAGUGGCGUGUCCAACAGCUUCAAUACCGGUAUGAGUAACGGCAUGCCCAAUCCCAUGAGCAACAGCAUGGGUAUGGGCAGCGGAUUGAGUAACCCACCCAGCCGUCCCAGUUCGGCCUUCGAUCCUAGCUACAACCAGUACGCCAUGCCACCCAUGUAUCCCAUAGGCCAUCCGGCUCCAAUUGGUACCAUGGCCAGCAGAUUGUCGCCAGACGCAAACGAGUUCAACGUACAGAACGGCAUGGGCCCGUCUCCAUGGAACUCUCAGGCUCCGAGUGAGUCGAGCACUCCACAGUACGUCGCCCCUGUUGAACCCAUGAACUAUCGUCGCCUCUUAGACCGCAACAUGAGCUGCAACUGGAAGUACAUUGUCGAUAAGAUCAUCUGCAACAACGACCAGCAGGCAUCCAUCUUUCUUCAGCAGAAGCUCAAGGUAGGUACGCCAGAGCAGAAGUUUGAAAUUGUGGAGGCCAUCAUCUCUCAAGCCUACGCUCUAAUGGUCAACCGCUUCGGCAACUUCCUCGUACAGCGUUGCUUUGAGCAUGGCACGCACGAUCAGGUUAUCGCCAUCGCUCAAGCCAUCCGCGGCAAUACCCUUGCUUUGAGCAUGGAUGCAUUCGGCUGCCACGUCAUCCAGAAGGCCUUCGACUGCGUUCCAGAAGAGUACAAGGCGACUAUGGUCCACGAGCUUCUUCGCCGCAUUCCAGAGACCGUCAUCCACCGCUACGCGUGCCACGUUUGGCAGAAGCUCUUUGAGCUCCGGUGGAGCGACUCUCCACCUCAGAUCAUGCGCUACGUCAAUGAGGCUCUGCGCGGUAUGUGGCAUGAGGUUGCAUUGGGCGAGACUGGCAGCCUAGUCGUGCAGAAUAUCUUCGAGAACUGUCUCGAGGAAGACAAGCGUCCCUGCAUCAACGAGGUGCUUGCCAGCAUCGAUGUCAUCGCCCAUGGUCAAUUCGGCAACUGGUGCAUCCAACAUAUCUGCGAACAUGGUUCGCCCGCUGACCGUAGUCGUGCCAUCGAUCACAUCCUCCGUUUCAGUACAGAGUACAGCAUGGACCAGUACGCUUCCAAGGCCAUCGAAAAGUGCCUCAAAAUUGGUGGUAACGAGUUCCUGGAGCGGUACCUGGACCGUGUGUGCGAGGCUCGCCCUGACCGUCCACGCAUGCCUCUUAUUGAUAUCGCUGGUGAUCAGUUCGGCAAUUAUCUCAUCCAGUAUGUCUUGACCAACAGUGGCACUCAACAUCGCGAACUAGUCGGUGGCCAUAUUCGCAAGCACAUGGUCUCUCUCCGCGGUUCCAAGUACGGCUCUCGCGUAGCUAUGCUCUGCUGUAACCCUGCUCUUGCGACGCGCCCAGGACCUCCGGCAGGUAUGCUUCCCCGCUAUGGCAACCCCACACCGCGCCCAAGUUUUGGCGCCUUCCGUUGA